AACCAGCACAUCUGCGGUGUUCCCUGUGGAGAGGCACUGUUUGGAAGACCGUUCCUCAUAGAGCCCAGAGUGAUGUCAUCGCAGAGGCUGCCCCGCGAGCUUCAUACCUUCCAGGGCACGCUCUUGCCCACCACAGCUUCAAAAGAGCUUCUCAAUUCCCUGGGUUCUUUUGACGCGAGAGGAGAUGAUGUGUUUCUGGUUUCCUAUCCAAAAUCUGGUACUCACUGGGUUGCAGAAAUCAUUGAGAACAUUCCCAGCGCUAGAAUUACCCUCACACCUCCUAUCGAACUCGGAGACAUUUCCAGACUUGAAGAGCUAAACAUGUAUUCUGGGAGAAGGGUAAUUCCAACGCACUUGAGCUACAACCUGCUACCCUUGGAUGUUAAACAAAAGCAAUGCAAGAUUAUCUACAUUGUGAGGAAUCCGAAAGACACAGCUGUUUCUCUCUUCCAUUACUACAGAGAUAACCCCCACCUUCCCAGUGUGGAAACCUGGGCUACAUUUUUAGAGCUGUUCCUACAAGGAGAUGUUGUAUAUGGAUCCUGGUUUGAUCAUGUUUUAAGCUGGGAAGAGCACAAAAAUGACAAAAAUGUUCUAAUUAUAUUCUAUGAAGAAAUGAAGAAAGAUCUUCCUAAGAAUAUAAAGAAAAUAACAACUUUCCUUGGCAUAAACGUGAGUGACAGUGACAUUAAUAAGAUUGCCUGGAAAGCAUCAUUCAGUGAAAUGAAAACUAAUGCAGUCAAAGAAAACUGUGACCCCAAUCAUACCAUCUGUGCACUCACAUCUAACCGGAGCCUGGUAUUCCGGAAAGGAGUGGUGGGUGAUUGGCUAAACUACUUUACUCCAAGACAGAAGAAAGCAUUUGAUGCACUAUUCACGGAGAAAAUGAAACACAGCGAACUGGCAAGACGCUUGCAAGAGUACUCGACAUAAAUAGGAAAUGAAACCAGUUUUCAUUUAUGCAAUGUGGUGC